AUGAGACUAACUACAGAGAACCACAGAAAUGCGUUUGGUGAGUCAAGCGCAGAUGAUGGACUAUUACCUGUGGCACAGCACUGGAUAGCUGGUCUCAUACACCAUGGUUCUGCAGUGACAGCACUAGCACGACCAACCUUGAACUGUUACCCAGAUUCGGACAACAGCAGUGACCUCCUUAACUCCUGGACCACUGACAGCAUGGACAGGACUCACAGGCUACAGGUGCACAAGUCCAAUACUGGUGUUAUCCUGACUGACCGGCUUCCGACCUUGGCCAGCAAUCCUUACAUUGUGUUGGGAGCCCUGAUCGCUGCUGGGUUGGACGGCAUCUUGAACAAGUUGGAGCUGAAUGACCAGGCGACAGUCAUCUUAAGGAUUCCACCCACAUUUUGUCACGCUCUUGCAUCACUGGAGGAAGAUAAAGUUUUUGAGAACUUGAUUGGUCAGAAGUUUGUUCAUAGAUUUGCUCUUCUGAAAAAGGAGUACGAGUUAGCACGCUUGGAAAAAUGGCGGGUAGAAACAAUUGGUCAAGAUCUUUUGGAUUUUGAAAGAUCACUUUAUUUGACAUCUUUGUAA